AUGGUGGAAGCAGAUAUACCCGGGAAGCUGUUUAUAGGAGGCCUCAGUAUCGAGACUAAUGAAAAGACUCUUGAAGCAGUAUUUGGGAAAUAUGGUCACAUAGUGGAAGUUCUUUUGAUGAAGGAUCGGGAAACAAACAAGUCCAGAGGUUUUGCUUUUAUUACAUUUGAGAGCCCUGCUGAUGCUAAACAUGCUGCCAAAGAUAUGAAUGGGAAGGACUUCUUAAGUUCACAGUGUGGAAUACAUAUAAACAGAGGCCAUCCAAGAAGCGUGAGAUGUGGAAGAGGAGGAAGUGGAGGAGCAAGAGGGCGUUCCUCACGUGGAGGACACUUGGAUGAUGGAGAAUGUACUCGUAACCUCAACAUGAGUUCUUCCAGGGGACCCUUUCCAGUUAAAAGAGGCCCAUCUUCAAGAAGUGGAGGUCCUCCUCCUAAAAGAUCUGCUCCUUCUGCUCCCAGACGUAGCAACAGAGGCAUUGGAGGAAGAGGGCCACCAUCACGUGGGAGAGAAAAUUAUAGAGGUUCUUCGCGCAGAGAGCCAGUGUCUUCCCGGAGAGAUGACUAUAUUUCACCAAGAGAUGAUGGUUACAAUACCAAAGAUAGUUAUUCGAGCAGAGAUUAUCGAAGUUCCCGAGACACCAAGAACUAUGCUCCACCAUCUAGAGACUAUGCAUACCGUUACUAUGGCCAUUCAAGUUCUCGGGAUGAACAUUACUCUAGAGGAUAUAGUGAUCGUGAUGGCUAUGGUGGUGGUCGUGAUAGAGAUUAUUCUGAACCUUCAAGUGGAGGCUCUUACAGAGAAUCAUAUGAGAGUUAUG